CCUAAGCAUUUACAGUAAAAGACCUUGUGACCGAAAGUCUUGUCAUGGGUAUAAAGUGUGAAUCAUAAAUAACCAGAAGAUUUCUCGGACAGAUCUUUUAAUGACAGGAUUCAAAAUGUCCUGAUUGUCUUCACGGAUACUCAUUAAUGACACAACUGUCUUUGAUUUGACUCUUUGUUUCAUUAAUGUUUAAGUACAAAUUUAAUACUAUUUAAGCAUCGGUUCACUUGUAUAACAAAAAUAUAUUUAGAAAUGUAAAUUUUUUUUUUCCUUACUUCACUCUGUGUAUCUAUUCCUGCUAAUACUUCUAAUUCAUGUAGCUAUCAGCUGUGUUCUGUGGAUUAAGUUAAGUUUCAGGUAAGACAUAUUUCUUUUACAAUUAAUUAAAUAUCUUAUUUAUUAUGUUGGUAUUAAUAAGGACACUGAAUCUACCUCCAUUAUUUUUAGUUUUGCAGCAGAAAGUCAAGCUGGCUAAAAACCAAAAUCUAUCUGCAUGGGUAGCUACUGUGAGACGUGAGAAGCUAUCUUUCUGUAAUUUGGGUGAGGUUAGGUCAUUCUAAAAUUAGCACAAACCAAAGCUACGAUACCAGCUAGUAACUGAGCUUAAACCAUUAAUUGUUCAAACGUCUGUCGAGGAUCAGGAGAGACAACGUCUUGGAAUUAUCCUUUAACUCAGUGACUGCUGAUGGGGCCAGUCUUUUUUUUAAAUGUGAUCUGAUUGAUUCGAGGUCCCAGAGGGAGUUUGUACAACACGGCCAACCUGAACAUAUUGUUUCAUUGUUCAUGUUUUGAUCAAGAUCGGUUAAUAAAUAUCACAUGAUCGAGAUGUGUGUAUUUUUUAUCUGGACAUUUGUUUCAACCAUUUUAAACCUAACUACUUAUUUGAAGUCUUGUGACUGAGAACCAUGAUUUAGUCACAUAACUUGAUUUCUGGAACUUUGAAGUGUGUCACUAUCCAUCCAGGAACAACACUGGGUCACCCUGAGGAAAUCCCCACACCGAAAGUAUGUAAUUUUUUCUGAGUGGGCGGAGAGGAAGUUAAUUAUAUCGGUGUGUGUGUAUAUAUAGAGUAACUCUUAACGGCAGUGCACAGCGAGCACCUCUCACUGGAGUCAUCACCAUGAAGCUGCCCUUUGUUGUAAAAGCCUUGGCAUCUCUGUGUAUGCUGCUUGCAGAUGGAUUCCCAGUGUCUGCGGAUGGAUCUCCAAGCAUCAUUGGGGCAGAUCGAGUCCAUAUCAAAGCUCAUCCAGGUGAGCCACUGAUUCUUGACUGUGAUGCAGUUACAAAUAGUAAAGAUGGAGUGACGCUGAUAUACUGGCUCGUCAAUGGCUCUUUUCCUGAGGAUAUACCCAGCAGGGAAAGAAUAGUAGAAUCUGACCAAUCAACGUUGGAGGACGGGACAAUCCUCCAGAGGAGAUUGCUGUUGAAGAACGUCACAGCAGAGGACUUCAAAUCCAGCUUCACCUGUGUGGUGACGAGCGCUGUUGGAAUGGCCCUGAAGCAAAUAAAGAUAAGAAGAAUUAGAAAGAAAGGAAAACACUGAAUGUUAGUGACACCAAUGGGUUUCUCUUCAUUUAUUAAUAACGGUGAAUCAACUUUAUCUGUGAAUUUUAUAUUAAUGUUACACUUUUUGGUGACCAAACAGCAAGUGAAGUAUAUUAGUACCCUUUCUAUUUUACACAGAGCAUUUUAAUGUGGAACUGAAUGUACCUUUGAUACAGUUGAAGUAAAGCAGGUUUAUCAUUUAUCUGCAGAAUAUAGAGAGAAUAUUGUUACACUUUGAUUUGCUAUGGUUCUGUAUCAUUCCUGUGUCUGCUGGCAUUAAGAAUUUUGUAUGUGUAAACCAUUGAAGCAUUUGCUGUCAUUAUUUCAAACAGACAACUUGUGGCUCUCUGAAUGGUUGUGUCACUGUCUCUACCCCACUGAUAGUAUUAUGUGCAAGUUCACCACACAGCUAAUAGUUAUAAUCUUCUGAUACUUUAUAUGGCCGCAAUAGUGCAGGAAUUAGAAAGCAAUUUGUCCCCUUAUAAUCCGUCUCCCCCCACUAUUGAAUUAGAUGCCAAACAUGAACAGCCUCUAUUGAAUGAUCCUGAUAUCUAUAUCAAGGUAACAUCUGUGAGGUUUCUGUAGAGGUGUACGCCUCAGUACAGAUGUUACUAGGUUGGAGUAAAUUAAAUUAGAAAACUAUAUAAAUGAAAGAUAUAAUGUUGCCCCCCCCCCAAAAAAAAAAGACAAAUUCUGAUGCAAAGUGAUACAUAGUAAAGCAGACUGGUAGUUAUUAAUGGUAUAUAUUCAAAACUUAACAAAAGUGAAGCUCCUUCAUAAGUCACACGCUCUGUGAAUCAAUUUUAUAUUAUUACACAUUAAAUAACAUCCCCAUUCCCUUAAAAGAUUUUAAUGUAACUGUGAAACUUAAAGCAGCACAAAGUUUUUGUUUUUUUACUUUCAAAAAACGUUUUAAUAUCAUUUGAUGGCACACAAACAUAUAACAUGAAGAAUUGCAUCUCUGUGAUUGCCACAGUGCUCCUGCAACUACACAUUGUUACUCUGGUGUGAUUUGUUGCAGAGUAAGAGAUGGUCAAUGUGUGGACACAGCUCUACAAUGUAACAACAAAGAAAAACACAAAGUUCAAGACCUGCUUCUCUGCCCAUAUGCUCUCCAUUCUUUUUGUUAAGAGUCAUCUCAGAUGUCCCAACAAAUAAAACUAUGCACUUGUUUUCAA